AUGUCCUCCGACAAGAUCCCAGACCGCUACAAGCUCAUCUUUUACACCCCGCACUCCCAUCUCGAACCGUGCAAGGAAGCCGUCUUCGCGGCCGGCGCUGGCGUCUUCUCCGGAGGGAAAUACUCCAAGUGUUGUUUUCAGAUGCCCGGCCAGGGACAGUUCCAGCCGGGUGAUGGUGCGAAUCCGGCGAUUGGAUCUGUGGGUGCCCUGGAGUAUGUUGAGGAGAUGAAGGUUGAGGUUAUGUGUGUGGGGAGGUCAAUUAUGCUGAAGGCUGUGGAGGAGUUGAUUAAGGCGCAUCCAUAUGAGGAGGUUGCGUAUGAGGUGUAUAAGAUGGAGAAUGUUUAG